ACAAACAGGUUUCCGGAUGAUAGCUCUUUUAUUUAGGAAGUGGUCAGUGCAAAAGAUCCAUGGCCUAGAUGACAACAACCUUUAACAACCUCAUCUUGAAAAACACAAGAGCACAUGCACAAGAGCCUUUUUCAUUACCUGGUUCAUGUCACUUACUGUUUAAUAUGAAUGAAGAUCUGUGGUUUUACUCAUUUAAUUGAGGAACUCAGGCAUAACAAAGGUGAAUUUUGUAUUCCUGGGGCUGUUUUGUCAGCUCAGACAUGAAUUCAUUUUCACAUUUUCAUGCGUGUGUCAUAGAAAACAGGACAAAGUCUUUCUUUAGGUGCAUAUAAAUCUAUUAUCAAUGUCACUCAAAUCAAUGUGACACUAUGGUUACAAGCAAUUUUAGGAAAUGAACACACAAAACAUCUGCUGAUAAACUACAGCGCACUGGUACAGAUUGCACUAACGCUGUAUACAGCAGGCUUGCUAAAAUGUCACGUAUACGCAAAUAAAUCAGCACUUCUAGCCUAAUCAAAUAAUUUUACAUUUAGACCACUUUUUACCUUUGAUAUUCUAAGUACAUUUUGCUGAUUAUACUGAACAGGCACUUUGACUGUAAACAAAAUGUAAAAGAAGGGUAAAAUAUAGCUUAUAUUUAGCUGCUUAUUUAUGUAUUUAAAAAAUAUUAAUGAAAACUGGAAUAACGCGCAGGUUGGUUGCAAUGAUUUAACCGAUUACAAAACGGAAGACUGAAUGAAACUAUUAGUACAACCUGUCAGUCACAUAAUUUAUCAGAUAUAGCACCGCUGGAUGACACCUGCGUGGCCCGCCUUCCCGCAGAAUAAAGCUCCUCAGUGAUUGGCUCUGGUUGUCGCCACUCUUGAGGGAUCCCCAUGACGGCUGUGGGCCAUUGGUUCCUGCAAUGCCAAUCACGUCACGUUCUGUCGCCUGAUUGGCGCGCCCCUCCUCGUGCUCGGCACAGGGCAGGGGACGCCAGCCAUUCUUGUGUGAUGUACCCGCUGUGAGUGAUGCUGCCGUUCACCGCGCGUCCCCGUUGAUCCGUCGGCUCCAUCUCGCCGCUGUCAUGGUUAUUUCAGCGGAAAUGUAAAAGCGGUACCUACCUCGAGAUUCAGCCGUCACACACGAGUCUCUCCGCGUGCAAAGGGGCUCGCGGCCAGCUGUGCGACGCGGCGGCGCUGCCUCCCGGUUGGACGGCGACAGGAGGAUAGGAUGGCUCUGCGCUGGACGGUCUCUCUGUGAUUGUCCUCGGCGGUCCAUUAAGAUUUUAAUUAGCUGAUAACACAUUGGUUGACAUUUACGACCGUCUGGCGCGGCGGCGACGACCGACGCAGCGCUCCGAGUAUGGACAGCGAGUCCAGGUUUGAAGACCUCUGAUCAUAUCUGCUCCACGGCCAGCCAGGCGGCCAAUCAGGAGACAGCCAGGCUCACCGAGGAGGGAGACCAACAGACUGGAAGACCCUCUUACCACACCCACACUGCUUCACCCAUCACUCCACCGUCACCACCAUGUCUAUACCCAGCAGCAGCCCAGAAAGAGAGGGCUCUAGUGGGGCUCUCCCUCAGCUAGAGUGCUCUUCUCCUACCGGCAUGGAUCCAGACCCGCCAUCAACAGGCAGCCCAGUGCUCAGCCCAGACUCAUCCUCCCAUGAUGCAGUGCUGUCAGCACCAGCCGCUUCCCCUGCAGACUCGGAGAACCUGAGUCCAGAUGAGUUGGAGCUGCUGGCCAAACUGGAGGAGCAGAACAGGUUGCUGGAGGCCGAUUCCAAGUCGAUGCGCUCGAUGAGCGGUUCCCGGCGCAACAGCGGCUCCUCGCUGGUGUCCAGCUCCUCAGCCUCCUCCAACCUGUCACACCUGGAGGAGGACACCUGGAUCCUGUGGGGACGCAUCGUUAACGAGUGGGAGGAGUGGAGACGCAAGAAGGACAAACUCCUGAAGGAGCUGAUCAGAAAGGGCAUCCCUCAUCAUUUCCGGGCCAUUGUCUGGCAGCUGCUGGGCAAUGCCACGGACAUGCCGGUGAAGAACCAGUACUCUGAGCUGCUAAAGAUGUCGUCACCCUGCGAGAAGCUCAUCCGCAGAGACAUCGCUCGCACCUACCCCGAGCACGAGUUCUUCAAAGGCCAGGACAGCCUGGGGCAGGAAGUCCUCUUUAACGUCAUGAAGGCGUACUCUCUUGUGGAUCGAGAGGUGGGCUACUGUCAAGGCAGCGCAUUCAUCGUUGGUCUGCUGCUUAUGCAGAUGCCCGAGGAGGAGGCGUUUUGUGUUUUUGUGCGUCUGAUGCAGGAGUACCGCCUGAGGGAGCUGUUCAAACCAAGCAUGGCUGAGCUGGGACUCUGCAUCUACCAGUUUGAGUAUCUGCUGCAGGAGCAACUUCCAGAGCUGAACGUGCAUUUUCGGUCCCAGAGUUUCCACACAUCCAUGUACGCCUCCUCCUGGUUCCUGACUCUUUUCCUCACCUUUCUCCCUCUGCCUGUCGCCACACGCAUUUUUGAUAUAUUCAUGUAUGAGGGCCUAGAGAUUAUCUUCCGUGUGGGCCUCGCCAUCCUGCAGUACAACCAGACUGACCUCAUUCAGCUCGACAUGGAGGGCAUGUCACAGCAUUUCCAGAAGGUGAUCCCCCACCAGUUUGACAGCUGCCCAGACAAGCUGAUCCUCAGGGCCUACCAGGUUAAAUACAACCCCAAGAGGAUGAAGAAACUUGAGAAAGAAUAUACAACAAUUAAGAACAAAGAAAUGGAGGAGCAAAUUGAGAUCAAGAGGUUACGCACAGAAAACAGGCUGCUGAAGCAGAGGAUCGAGACGCUGGAGAAGGAGAGUGCCGCUCUGGCAGACAGACUGAUACAGGGUCAGGUGACGAGGGCACAGGAGGCAGAGGAGAACUACGUGAUCAAGCGGGAGCUGGCUGUGGUGAGGCAGCAGUGCAACACUGCCAGUGAGAGCCUUGAGAAGGCACAGGACACCAUCAGAGAGCUGCAGCAACAGAAGUACACAGAGCAGUUUGUGAGCAAUCUGCAGACCCAGCUGGAGCAGUCGAGGCUGCGUGAGGCUGAACUGCUAGGAGCAUUGAAGGAAAUGCAAGACAAGGUCCUCGACCUGGAGAAGAGGAGCAGUUGUCUGCCUGAUGAGAACAACGUGGUGGCUCUGCAGGAGGAGGUGAAGCAGAUGAAGCUGAGGGAGCUUGAGACGCUGCGCUCAUUCAGAGAGAUGCAGGAAACUGUCACUGAGCUCAACCAGCGCUGGCAGCAUCACAUGUCCCGUGGCAGCAGCACAGGUGGUGGGGGUGGCCACUGGAAGGAAUCCCCGAAGAAGAACGCCAUGAACGAGCUGCAGGACAAACUGAUGACAGUCCGGCUGAGGGAGGCCCAGGCUCAGGCUGAGCUCCGAGAGGUCAAACUCAAAGCCCUGCAGCUGGAGAGCCAGAACCAGAUCAACAGCAAGCUGAUUGGUCGCAAUGACCAGGAACGCUCCGCCCUGCAGGACCGGCUCCAGAUGCUUGCCAAUCAGAACAAAGCUCUCCAGGCCCAACUCAAUGAGAUGAAAAGGAAGCAGGCCGAGUCUGACUGCAAGAGUAAAGAGGAGGUGAUGGCAGUGAGACUGAGGGAAGCAGACAGUAUGGCGGCCAUGGCUGAACUCAGGCAGAGGAUUGCUGAACUCGAGAUACAGAAGGAGGAAGGGCUGAUCCAGGGCCAGCUGAACCACUCAGACUCCAGACAGUACAUCAACCAGCUCCGGGACCAGAUCGCUGAGCUGAAGAACGAGGUCAGGCGCUUGCGAGGACAGAAGGCAGCCCCCCGGGUCACUGGUGGAGGAAGCACCAACUACCCGGAUCUCUGUCUGGCCAGCCCCACCUCCGCUGAGGGGGACUACCUGAGCUCAGAUGAGGACCUCCUUCCCAGCCCACUGCCUCCCAACGCCCUUUACCCCACCCUGUCCGGCCCGUGUCACCCAUCUCCCCAACUCGACAGCGAGGGCAGCACGGACAGCGAGGCAGAGGAGCGUGUGCGGACACAUCCAGACCCACAGCAGCUGUAUGGCAGCAUGGUGUGCGCCGAGGCACUGGAUAACUGAGACCUGCACAAGGCGUGAAGGUUUCAUUGGAUUACUUGGACUAAAAAAAAGACGCUGGAGCUCUACAGGACGGGACCGCUGCUGUAAAAUGGGACCAGACCUCCUCCUCCGCUUUUCCAGUGUUUACUUUUAACUUGAUGCAGACAUAGUGGCAUUGACCGAACCUCUUCUGAUCAUCACUCCCCUGUUAACUGUCUCCAACACUGUCCUGUGUUCCCUCAAAAAAAGAGGUAAAGCCUCUAUCUUUGUUCCCAUGUGUUACUGCGCCAGAAGCUGUCUGUCUAAAACAUAUCCAUCUAAACAUAUGACACACAAACAAACUAAUCGACCCGAACUGGAUCAGCAAGAGCGCUGCUGCUGAUCAAGAUCAACCACUGGACCUGAACCUGUGACUGUGACGAGGUGUGAAACCUGGGUAGACAGACAGAAAAUACAUUUUCCCUCUCCCUAUAAAUAGAACCUUGACAUACUGUAUGCUCUGUCUACCCUUAUAGAACUCUCCUUCCUGAUUGGUUUGGAGUUCAUCUUUAUCCUCUCUUUACCCUUUUUAUGCCUCUCAUUAGGAAGACAAACAAGGAAAAAAAAACAAGUCUAUCGGCCAUCCAUUUACCUCUCCGCAGACCAAGUGUUAAAAUGAACUGAGUAUGGGAGGUGCAAUGUAGGAAUAUGUACACAUCAGACUGUAGGGAUAUCACAAGAUGGCAUUCAAAAAUGAAUUCCUGAACACUUUAACAUACUAAAUCUCUGUGUUUUCUGUCUGUGGCUUGCAGAUGACGAGAAGGCAAGCAAGUUGAUACAACAGCUCAUGUCUAAACUUAUUCACAGUAACCCACAACAAAGGAAGGAAGAACUCAAUGUUGCCAAAUCUUUUGUUUUGUUUUUGAUUAUUUAUAUGUUGUAAUUUAUUUUGAUAAUUUUUUAUUUUUUAUAUCUAUAUGAAACUAUAGGAGUGUAGAGAUACCGACAGAGGCCAAACUUUCACCGUCCUUUGUGCCAACUCGUCGUCUGUCGCAGGUUAACUGUGACACAGAUCGUUUCAGAGACAAGAGAUGUGCUGCUAUGAUUUUGGAUUAACGUCCUCCAUUUUGUUCUUUCUAUUUGUUGUUUUUUUUCUUCCUUUUAAAUCUUUAUGAGAUAAGAGCUGUUAACUCUGCCACCUGUUGACAACUACUGUGCAGACUGAUUGAAUCUGAAAACUGAGCAGUUUAACCUGAUUCCUCCCUGGAGCUUCUCUGCAUUUAACAAUGAUGGGAACAUCAUACGUUCCUUCAGAUCAAGUGUGAUCAUUGUGUAUGUGUCAGUUAAAGGUAGUUAAAAGUGGGACAUUUAAGGAGAUACUUGAAUUCACUUUUCCUUCGCUACAAGUGGCAUAAUAUUAAAUGCUGAAGCAUAUAGUGAAAUUAGUGCAAGUAGUCCAAAAGUCCGUGGCUGCUAGGCUACUGGCUGCUACACACUCACUUUGUUUAAAACGACUAGUUGCAGGUGUACAUUGUUUGCUAAUGUUAGCAUAUCUUAGCUCGAUUUUGCAUUGUGUUUGUUAAUACAAUGUGAUAGCUAGCCAAGGUUUGCUCACAUAAGCUAACGUUAUAAGCUACGGGUCAUACCCAGUAACAUACAUAAAGAUGGAUGACACAUCUACACUUCUUCCAGCUCUACAAAAAUGAAGCCAAGAUAUUCUGCGCAGUCCGCGGAAUCAGGACUCAGCUGUCAAUCAUGACAUUUCACCACCUUUCUAUUGGAUCAAAUAUCUAAUGGCUUAUGACAAACCAUUUUUGGCAUGAACUUUGAGUUUUUAGUUUGACCCAUAUCCUUACUGCUUCCAUUGAGCGGGAGGGCUUUAAGUCCACCAGGAGGCGAUUGAGAUGUUUUGGCUUCACUCUUGAAGACCUGUCAUGUCGGCCUCUUUAUGCGCAGUCGAUGGUCGUACAAAACGAAGUGAGGUUUGUGCCAGCUGAUGAAACCCUUGAAAUGUCGGAUCAAGCAAGGGGCCAUUUUUUAUUUUUUAUUUAUUUGACUUUUAACUAACUUUUAACUUAAGAAAUUGUACAUUUUUUAGUUGCCUUUAGAAAUAACAUGACAAUUAGUGAGCCUUUUAUGGUGGAUUUGUCACCUUUGAACAGCUCUAGGCGAGCUGUCUUUAUGCUAAACUAAGGAUCCCCUGACUGUAGCUUUAUAUUAGCAGGCAGCCAUGAAAGUAUUACGGGUCCUCUAAUUUAGGCGAAUGAGCGUAUUCCCUAAAAUGUCAAACUAUUCCUUUAAUUAUCAGUGUCUCAUACAGGCGAAAAGAAAUCCAGGUAACAGUGCUAAUCUCAUGUGCUCAUAUCACUUUCUGAUGGCUAAAACUGCAGCAUGUGGGCCAGUGAAAGCGGCGUGAGAAGUUGAUACUGUAAGGCUGUCAUCAUGACUAGAGAGUGUGUGGGUGGAAAAAUAUUUUACAUAUCAAACAUUAAUAUAUUCUGUGUAGAGAAAAGGGGUGUAAAAUGUAUGCAGAAAUAUGAAAUAUACAGUGUAAGAGGAACAAAGGUAUGUAGAGGAUAUUUAAAGCUGUAUCACUGUCAGUUAAGUCCGACUGAAGGUGUUGAGAGUGUGUGUCGUUUAUUAACAGGGUGUCAAAUGUAGAGCGGUGAUCUGCUCUUUGCACUACAGAGAAAGAGGAAGGAAGCAGUAAGAGGUGCUGUGGAUGGAUAGAUUCAUGGUGGGAUAAUUUCUUAUUAUGUUAAGAUCAUCUCUCCAGACUUUGUGUUGUGCUUCACUGUUCUUCAAACUGACCUAGGAAGAGUUCUCUAAAAUUCUCUGAAGGCACAUUUUAUGCCGUUACAAUGCUAACUCCCAUUUGUGUGCAAUACAGAUGAAGGGAUGAUAAAGGAGAUAGAAAUAAGGAAAUUGGAUCUUCCAGCACCGGCCAUCAAAGAGCUAAAGAGGAUGUUGGUUUGCCCACCAUACUGUUGCAAAUAACAGCUUUUUACUGGCCAUCAGUGGGUGUAACAACUGAAAUCUCGACGCUGAAAUCAGUGUUUGGAUAUCGUCAGACGUCAGAUGAGUGUUGACCAAGUGAUUUCAGUUGAGUUUGUUCAACCACAGGAUGGCGACUGAGAUUUAGACCCUUGCAUUCAUAAACUUUGGGUCAGAACUGACUGAAUAUCUCGCUUCAAGUUAUAAUCCUUAAGAAUUUCAUUCUAUCUAACUUCAUUUUUUGAUGAUAUCCCUGACUGGAUACAGCAACUCCAUACAUUGACACUUUGUAAUUACCUCCUUAUGUAGCAGUUUGCAGUGUUACUGGUGAGACUGUGGGAUUCAAAGGAUUUACAGCAAGGAUAUGAAUCUACUGAUGUGCAAAACAGAAGUCUGUGCUCACACAAGUCAACAUUGGAUCAAACAACAAACUCAAACAAAAAUGUCCUCAAUUUGCUAAACCAACAUCCGGACAUUCACGGCCACCAUCUCAUAAAGUGAUUGGCCACCUGUGUGGAGGUGACACUGUGAGCUGCUUUCGAAAUUCAUUCACAGUUCUUCAUCAUGUUUUAAUUUUUAUUCUAGAUAUUUAUUGUUUAUUAGAACACAGCAGCCUCACAACUGAGCUUCAGAUCAGCGAUUUUGAUCACAAGGAGAACUUGAAAGAGACAAAUUUCAGUCAGUUGCCCAACGAGGAUUUUCUUUCAUCAUGAGUACAGAUAUUGAAACAUAUUACUCAGAUUAUAAUCUGGUGGUAAUCGUUCUCAUUAUCUGCACUGGAUACUCACGUUAGAGGAGUACUUGCUCAAACCCUAGCAGUUACCUCAGCAACCCAGCAAGGUCGGUGAUGUCUGGACAAACAAAAUGGGAGCUGAUCAUUAGCAGAUAACAGGGCGGGGAGUCUGUCUUUAAGAUCUGAUAAAUCCUCUCAGUGUUGACUGAAUUGGUUUUGUCUUCUGCUCACUUUACAACAGGGAAGCAAGUUUUUAAACUGACCUCUGGGAGCUGUAGUAUUAAAACAUGUUUAUCAUUGCCACCACUAACCACAGGUGUCGCUAGAUCGACCGCAACUGGAAUCUUAAGAAUUAUAGCUUUAAUAUUUCAGUCCGAGUUUCCAUUCCCUUUCCAAAAUGGACCCUAAUCUGGACCCAGAUCUGUGCUCAGGGUCCUUCAACACAUUAUACCACAUCUGUACACUGCUGUUCAGUGAUGGUGCUCCGUUCUCACCACCGUCUAAAUACAACUCUAUCUACUGUGAGGGAACAUUUUGAUAUGUUUGUAAAUUACUUUUGAAUAUGGUACUAGCUCUCAUCCUUAAUAUUAUUUUUAUAAUCGCCAUCAGUACUUUGGUUCCAGCGUUACACGAGAUGAUCAUGAUUAAACAUCCUAAUGUGCCAUAAAAGUAGGUAGAUUUACACUCAAUGCUAAAUGACUUCAUGUAUGUUUAACAAGGGUUUCGUCAACACGUCGGCCACUACAGCCCUUCAUUAAACAGCCAUGUAAUAUAAAGUGAAUUAUGUGUGGGCAGAAUAAAGAUGAUGGUCCAGAUUUAUCAUCUUAAACUGGAACAUCUGCACGUUUUUUUCGACAGUUUAAAGCAGGAAAUAAGAACAGUGUGUCACAUGUGAGUGUUUGCUCGCGGACAGUAAGAAAAAACAGUGUUCACCCUGGUUCGUGUGUUAGGAUUUCUCAGAUGUGUGUGCUGUUUGUGACGGCUGUUCGAGAUCCACAGCAUCAUACCCAGGAACCCUGUCCGCCCUCUCUCUUUCUGUCUUGCAAUUCAGCUGAUGUUGUUAUCAAAUAUAUUAAAUGACAGUAAAGAUUAUAUAAAUUCCAGUAUGAUGGGGAAAAAAUACAUUUCAGUGUUCUGUAUCCUAGGAAUGGUACAAAAUAAAACUUUGACAUUGCACCUUUG